AUGAUUCUCCCCUCCACUGCCGCACUGCUCCUCGGCGUUCUCACUAGUCUGGCCGCCUCCACUCCCCUGCGCGAGUCUACUGCGCUCGACCAGCCUUACACAAAUACAACAACUCUAGAACGACGAGGAAAAACGACGGAUCCUUGGCACUUCUGUAGCAAUAAAAAUUGGUCCUCGUUUGGUGAGCGUGCUUUCCUGGCAGGCCUUCGUCUUAUGGGGAAGACCGACGACCGCCAGAUGCGACUCGACAAGGAAGCUCGCGAGCAAAUCCCUGAUUAUUACAUGGGAGUGCGAGGAAUGUGUGAGAACCUUUGGUGCGGAGGAAAUCACAGCAAAGGCAGAGGCGUCGUCUUCUACCUCUGUCUUCACGACACCACACCCGAUGGCCCUUACCUCUCAGGAGACCUGGCACAGAAAUUUCAUGACGGUUUCUACGACUGCAACGGCGAAAGAGAGCCCCAGGACGAUCCUGAUAACAAAUCCUUGGCAUUUCACGUAUGGGAGGCUGGGUAUGACCUUCACGUAGAGGGCGGUAAAGAAUGCAGUAGCGAUAGUCUCCUUAUUGAAGAGCGCUGCCACGUCGUGUUAUCCAGAGAUCGACCGCUCGCCGCGUUGGUAAGAUACAAAAAUUCUUCGAAACAGGCGCAGUUGAGCAAAGCCGACUGCGGCACUGCUGUAUAUAGGCCCGAACGCCGCGUCAGCAUUGAAACGGGCACGGUAGAGUAA